CCGUCAGACUGUGUGAGAAAGGUUUCGGCAGAGCGCAGGUAGCUGACUUCUCGGAGCGAUGGCGUCUGCAGGUAACUUUACCCGUGUCCUUUCCCCGGCCGAGUUGUACUCCAACCCGCUGGCUCCCGAUAACCACGAGGUGGAGGAUCAUCGAUCAGCGCUCCAAUCUAAGUUGACCAAUGAGGACUUCCGAAAGCUCUUGAUGACCCCUCGGGCCACACCGUCUUCAGCACCCCCUUCAAAAUCCAGACACCAUGAAAUGCCACGGGAAUAUAAUGAGGACGAAGACCCUGCAGCUCGUCGGCGAAAGAAAAAAAGUUAUUACGCCAAGUUGCGGCAGCAGGAGCUGGAGCGAGAGCGGGAGUUAGCGGAAAAGUACCGCGACCGUGCCCGAGAACGCCGCGAUGGCGUCAACAAGGACUACGAGGAAACCGAGCUCAUCAGCACCACCGCCAACUACAGGGCGGUCGGACCCACAGCAGAGGCGGACAAAUCAGCAGCAGAAAAGAGGCGUCAGCUGAUCCAGGAGUCCAAGUUCUUGGGUGGCGACAUGGAGCACACUCACUUGGUGAAAGGGCUGGACUUCGCACUGCUGCAGAAGGUGAGGGCUGAAAUCACCAGCAAAGAGAAGGAGGAGGAAGACAUGAUGGAGAAAGUACAGAAGGAGGUCAAAAAAGAUGACGAUCCAGAAGAGAAAAUCGAAUUCAAGACCCGUUUAGGGAGGAACAUCUACCGCAUCCUCUUCAAGAGCCGGCAGAUGGAGCGCAACGAGCUCUUCCUGCCAGGACGCAUGGCCUACAUCGUGGACCUCGAAGACGAGUACGCCGACACCGACAUCCCCACCACGCUCAUCCGCAGCAAGGCAGACUGCCCCACCAUGGAGGCACAGACCACCCUGACCACAAAUGACAUCGUCAUCAGCAAACUGACCCAGAUCCUCUCCUACCUGCGGCAGGGGACACGCAACAAGAGGAUAAAGAAGAAGGAGAAAGGCAAACUUGAUGAGAAGAAGGCCCCAGAGGUGGACAUAAGCAUAUUUGAUGACAUCGGUGACUACAUCCCCACCGCUGCCAAGCCGGUCCGCGAGAGAGAGAAGGAACGGGUUCGCUCGAAGGAGGGAGAGCGGGAGAGAGAGAGGGAACGAGAGAGGGACAGAGAGGAUGAGAAGAGACAUCACAGCUAUUUCGAGAAGUCCAUAGUGGAUGAUGGGGCCGUUGAUAUGGAGAAAGGUCCUGGGUCAGUGAAGGACCAGAUCAAGCUGAUCAAUGAGAAGUUUGCUGGAGCAGCAGGAGCCCAGUGGCAGGUCCAGGACACACAUCCUUUCAGAAAGCGUCGCGAGGAGAAGCAGCAGCUUGGAGAUUUCUUUGGCAUGUCUAACAGCUACGCUGAGUGCUACCCUGCCACGAUGGACGACCUGGCGGUUGACAGCGAUGAGGAAGUGGACUACAGCAAAAUGGACCAGGGUAACAAGAAGGGCCCACUGGGCCGCUGGGAUUUUGACACACAGGAGGAGUACAGCGACUACAUGAACAACAAGGAGGCGCUGCCCAAGGCCGCCUUCCAGUAUGGGAUAAAGAUGUCAGAGGGACGGAAGACUCGGCGCUUCAAGGAGACCAACGAGAAGGCAGAGCUGGACAGGCAGUGGAAGAAGAUCAGUGCAAUCAUUGAGAAGAGGAAAAAGAUGGAGGCGCAGGGGGUUGAAGUGAAGAGACUGAAAUACUGAAGAUGUUUGACUUAUUUGUACGUCUUUUAUGAUGUGUUAUUUCACCGACCAAACAUUUUAAUUUCAUAACCAUAUAUGCUUCAGCUCCUGUUUAGUAUUUUAGACACUAUUUAUCUGGAGCAGAAUUGCUGAAGCUUUUUUAUCCUUGUAAGAGAAAUAUUACCACUAUGCCACACUCCCCAAAAGGUUCCUGGUUUGAAUCCCUGCUGGGCACUGCUGCUGCACUUUUGGGCAAGGCACUGA